AUGAUAAAAAAGCAUGAAGAACAGCUCGUUAUGACCAAAAAUCAAAUCCUUGCUAGAAUUGAUGUUUUAAAGAAGCAAAUUAGUGGAGCUAUGGAUCAUUAUCGCAUUAUGGCGCAUUCUUGCAGGGAAAAAAUUGAGAGGGAAGAAAUUCUUCAAAAUGAAAUGUUAAUGGAUUUAAAAGAGAGAGUUGAUAAACUUAAUGAUAUGUGCACAGAUAUUAAUAAUCAAGCAGAUGAUAUGAUAGUGACAUUGAAUACUUAUAACGCUGGUAAAAGUGAUGCAUUAUAUAUGAUUACUGCAUGUUCGGUUGAUUUUAUUGUACGCUUUUUCCAACAAAUUUAUACGACAAUUAUUUCAAUUACAAAGCAUUCUACAAAAGUAUUACUGGUAACAACAAAUUCAAUAUCACCAAAUACUAUUAGCAAAAGGGAAAAAAAUUGA